AGCCUAUUUUUUUUCUCUCACCGUAGUAACAGUCCCCUGGCAACGGACCAGAGUGCCAAUUAUUGCUAAAGUCCCCCAGGUUCUCCCAUCUCACUCUGUGUAUUGGUAGCAUCAGCAGCGCCGGGAAAGUUUAGAAGCUUCAUCGCAUCAGGGGAAAACGCCAUCGCUGACACAGGCUCUGACCCUGGCCAUAUAGGCUCCUUUGCAGGAGGACAGGGGCUCCAAACCAUCCUCCUGCUGGAUUAGUGAGAGCGAGCGAGAGAGAGAGAGAGAGCUAGAGAGAGAACGAGAACGUGAGAGAAACAUAGAGGAUUCAGCAUGGGGUCCAGCACCUCUUCCUACGCCCCAAAAACCAUCUAUCUGGACGUGGAUGGAAAGGUUCAGAAGGUGGUUUUCAGUCGGCAUUGUAGCCCGUGUGACAUCAAGGAGCUCCUUUGUUCCUCGUCCAACAUCCCCAGGAAUACUGCCAUCAUGAUGGUGGAUCCUGAAGGGGCCCUGGUGUCCAUAGACCCGACCAUGCCUACCAACUCUCCCAACUCCUUGUACAAAGUCAUUUCUUUGUCCACCGGUCAGCUCGGAGAGAAAGAAGACAUGUUUCAAAAUGUGUUAUCUCAGGUGGCAGAGCAGUUCAGCAGGGCUUUCCGAAUCAAUGAGCUGAAAACUGAGGUGACCAACAGACUGGCCAUGUUGGAGAAAAGAGUUGAGUUGGAGGGACUGAAGGUUGUGGAGAUUGAGAAGUGCAAAAAUGACCUAAAGAAACUACGAGAUGAGAUGACAUCCAGAGGCGGAGGGAGAGUCGGGAACUGUCCCUGCAAGUACAACUUCUCAGACGACGGGAAGAAGCUUAAUCCCAGACGUGACGUCCCAAGUUAUCCAAAGUAUACCUUAUCCCAGGAGACUAUUGAAGCACUGAAGAAGCCAACAUUCGAUGUCUGGCAUUGGGAACACAACGAGAUGCUGAGCUGCUUGGAGUACAUGUACCAUGACUUGGGACUGGUGAAGGAAUUCAACAUGAACCCCAUUACUCUCAAACGCUGGCUGCUGGGCAUUCAGGAGAACUAUCGCAGCAACCCGUUCCACAACUUCCGCCACUGCUUCUGUGUCAGUCAGAUGAUGUAUGGCAUGAUUAACCUGUGUAACCUGCCGGAGAAGAUGACUCUGACGGACAUGGGCAUUCUCAUGACAGCUGCAGUGUGCCACGACCUGGACCACCCCGGCUACAACAACACGUAUCAGAUCAAUGCUCGCACAGAGCUGGCUGUGCGUUACAACGAUAUAUCUCCCCUGGAGAACCAUCACUGCGCCGUGGCCUUCCAGAUCCUCUCGCUGCCCGAGUGCAACAUAUUUGCCAACGUCGAAUUGGAGGCCUACAAGCAGAUCAGACAGGCCAUCAUUACCCUGAUCUUGGCCACAGACAUGGCCCGGCAUGGAGAGAUAUUAGACUCCUUCAAACAUAAAGUGGACAGCUUUGACUUUACCAACGAGGAGCAUGUCACAUGCCUGAAGAUGGUUCUGAUCAAAUGCUGCGACAUCUCCAACGAGGUCCGGCCAACAGAGGUGGCCGAACCCUGGGUGGACUGUCUGCUGGAGGAGUACUUCAUGCAGAGUGACAGGGAGAAGACUGAAGGGCUGCCGGUGGCUCCGUUUAUGGACAGAGACAAAGUGACCAAGCCCACUGCCCAGAUCGGAUUCAUCAAGUUUGUCCUCAUCCCAAUGUUUGAGACAGUCCUGAAGCUCUUCCCCCAGAUUGAGGAGAUCAUGGUGCAGCCUCUGAGAGACUCGAGAGACCACUAUGAGGAGCUGAAGCAGAUCGAUGACGCUAUGACAGAGGGCUCUGGCUCUCGUUUUAUGAUCCAAAAAUUCAAAAAGGUUGUGGGUCGUCCUGAUCUGCGUCUUUGAAGACAAGAUGGAGGGUGAAAAGAGUUCUCUUCUACACACUGAGCCAGCCUCAGACUACAUGAAACACCCUGGGUGAUCUCCACUGUUUUGUUAUGGACAUUACAGGAGGACAAUGUCUCUGUUUCAAUGUCCACACUAGCAUACUACUUAGGAUGAAGUCAUGUAUCAGGGACAUUGGAAUAUAACCAAUGUGUGUUCUUGGUGUAGUCUGUAUUUUUUUGGGUCAUUUUUACUGUAAUUUCUGAAAUUGGUCAUUGUAGGUAUCAAUUACUGUGUUCACACAGGCAGCCUAUUUCUGAUCUUUUUGCCCAAUAAUUGGCAAAAGAUCUGAUCGGAUUGAUCAAAAGACCAAACAUUUGGAAAAUUGGUCUGUCUGUGUAUACGCAGCCUAUCAUAAUUUCUGAGUGACAAUUAGUCAUUGUAGGUAUCAACAUGCCAUAUUUUCUGCUUUCUGUUUUUAGUCACACUUGUUGAUGUUGCCUAUUACAAAUAGCAACUUGUAUGCUAGAACACUCUCUUUUCCUUUUCAGUUCUCCUAUUCAAAUGCAAAACUGUUUCUGAAACCGUUUGAAUAAAUUGACUCUUGAUUUAAA